AUGCACACUGACUCGGUAUCUGUUACAAUAAGACCAAAUGCAAACCCAACAUCUACGAAGAACCUUGCACCAUCAGAUCAAAGAAUCGACAAAAAAGAAAUCAAACGCAUCGCAUUUCAGGCACGAAAGUCUUUGAUGCAAGCAACAAAACAUCUUAAAAAUCGACAAUGGGAAAAGGCAUUGUCUGCCUGCGAGCGGGCGCGGGAGCAGUUCAGGCAGGCGGGGACGGAUAAAGAGCAGGCUAUCGAGGCUCUAGCGCUACAGGCGAAGGAAGGGGCGCGAGCGUGCGAGCUUGUAGCGGUCGGGGACGAGGCGCUGAAGGAGGCAGAGGGCUGCGUGUCGUCGGGGGCUUGGCAGGAGGCGCUGGCGGCAUGCGAGCGGGCGCGGGAGCAGUACAGGCAGGCGGGGACGGACAAGGAGCAGGCUAUCGAGGCUCUAGCGCUACAGGCGAAGGAAGGGGCGCGAGCGUGCGAGCUUGUAGCGGUCGGGGACGAGGCGCUGAAGGAGGCAGAGGGCUGCGUGUCGUCGGGGGCUUGGCAGGAGGCGCUGGCGGCAUGCGAGCGGGCGCGGGAGCAGUACAGGCAGGCUGGGACGGACAAGGAGCAGGCUAUCGAGGCUCUAGCGCUACAGGCGAAGGAAGGGGCGCGAGCGUGCGAGCUUGUAGCGGUCGGGGACGAGGCGCUGAAGGAGGCAGAGGGCUGCGUGUCGUCGGGGGCUUGGCAGGAGGCGCUGGCGGCAUGCGAGCGGGCGCGGGAGCAGUACAGGCAGGCGGGGACGGACAGGGAAAGUACGGUUGAGUCGUUUGUGUUGCAGAUACAGGAGGGCCAAGUUGUUUCGCAGGCCUGUGCGCUUGCGAAGGAGCUUGUUGGUAGCUCGCUUCCCGUUCUUGAAUCAGACCUGAACUAUGAGAAGAAGCUACUUGAGGUUGCAUCGAUUGUGUUUGACACAACCAUGAAAUCAAAGCUCUCGCUACAAGAGAUUGUUUUCUUUCCCAGCACGAUCCAAUCUGUAUUGGAGAAAUCUCUUUCCCUGCCAUUGUGUGACAAGAUUCAUAUGAUGGAAAUCGUUCUCUUCAAUCUCUCCAGAUUCUUGCAGGGUUAUUUUCAUCGCUCCGCAUCUUUGGAUAAUAUGGUCAGUUUGAUUGGAAAUUUGGACUUUGUGCGCAGCAAAGUUCAUCAAUAUCUCUCGUUGUUUUCAAGUGUUGAAAGGGAGACAGCGCCUCUUGAACUGUCGUCGAGGAGAUUGAGUAUGAUGCAGCAAUGUAGAAGAUGGAGAAAUGUAAUGCUCAUGAAUGUGACAGAAAAAUCCUUUUAUCCUCUUUAUACUCUUCAGCGCCUCUCGAUGGUACAAACAGAAGAAGAAUUGUUGUCGUUGGUAGAAGAAAAAUCUGAGACGGAAGAUUCCAAGAAGGCGAAGUUUGAGGCGCUCAGACUUGUACGCGAUAGAAAGAAGAGGAAGGAGAUGCGCUUGGAACUUGUAAUGCGCUCCUUCCAGGCUCGAUUUCAAACUCGACAGCUCAAGCACUUGUUGCUGGCUGAAAACAAGGGCAUAGACAGUUCACAAUCUCUGACCGAUUUUUUUGAUGCGGAUCGAAGCCUGGAGAUGGCUCGGCAAAGGAUUUUUGAGGAAUUCAUGCAGAUAGAAAGGGAUGCGAAACGAGAUGAAGAUAUGGUGAAGAGAUUGAAAACCUUGAGGGAGGAACUCUCGUCCAGGGAAAAGAAAGUGAAGCAGGAGGAGGAGGAGGCUCUACUUGAGUUCCACAAGAUGCAGCAGAGGGCAGAGGCCAAAGUGGACGAGACGUCCAGCGAGCUGCGAGAGUCCGAGCUGGACCUCAUAUCAGAUGCUGACCAGGAGUUACAAGCUGAAGCGAACGAAGCGAUGAAGAACUGGGAUGAGAUCAAGAUCGACCCCUCGGCCUUUCUGGGCCUUCAGGAUCCCAAGGCCAACUCGAAAGUCGAGAUCCCCGAGGAUACAGGUACAUCGCUCAUCCCGCCGGAGCUAGAGGAAGCAAUCUGGCGGGAGCGAGAAGCAGCUCUCAGGGAGAUCGAGGAGGAUCGAAGAAACAGCGGGGUGGACGGUCCUCUGAAGCCACUGACCUCCCUCCCAUCCGUCGUGACCUGGUGGCUGCCCGAACGGCAGAUGCCGCGGAUUGUUUUCAACGAGUCCGAUAUCAUCAGCGUGCAGAAAGUGCCGGACGAGUUGGUCGAGGAUCUGUUCCGAAACCUCGGCAAGAAGAUGCCUCUGCAGACUGACAACGCUACGCAAGGUCAAGACGUCAUCGUUGACUCAGACUCGAAGCUCCGCGGCAGCCCGCCCGACCGCGAUGAAGCUCUCGCAAACGAUGAUGCCCCUGUCGGAAAACGUCCGUUGCCCUCGUUGCCCGACGGCGAAGCUGCGCAGCUUUCUGCACUGCACAGUCUGACGGCGACAGGGAAGGAUGAGGACUUCUGGGAAGCCGUUCAGGCUGGAGACAUUGUUCGCUUCUUGAGGAUGGUGGCAGCGGGAGAGGAUCCUCUGCAGAAGCAAAGGCCAACAGGAAGAGGAGCGAUACACAUGGCAGCGGCGAGGGGAGACAGCGCGCUCAUCGAACUUCUCCUGGAGCUCGGGGAGGACGUCAACGUCGCCAUGGCCAACGGCCUCACCCCUUUGCACUGCGCUGCCAUGAACGGGCGAAGCGUCGCAGCCCUGCGGCUGGUCGAGCUGGGAGCUGACCUGCUGUCAAGCAUCUCAGGUGUGACCCCAGCAGAGCUGGCAGCAGACGUGGGAUACGUGAGCACAGCUCGGGUGCUACUGGAGGUGCUGAGGACGUGGAAUCACAUCCGACGGACGAUCCACAUGCAGAAGCGCGGGAGGCAGAUGAGCACGAGAAGAGAGGAGAGCAAAGGAAAACAUGUACAAGAAGCGGCAACUGAAUAA